AUGGAACAGCGAAACGAGUUGGAAGAGCUGUUCGGGGAUAUCUCCGAUCUCGACGACCUGUGGCCCGUACCGAUCGACCCCGGGCCGACCACCAGCCCGGAAAGCGCCCCGCGGCCCAGGGUGCCAAGCGUGGGCACUCGCAUCCAGCGAGGCGACGCGGAAAGCCGUCGGCGGGCGAUCUUCCUCACCGAACCAGUGCCGCCGCGGCCCGCCCGACGCCGGUCCGAGCCGAUUGGAGGGACCAGGCCGAGCACGCCGAGACGCAGCCGCGCCGAGGAGACCGGAUCGAGCCCCGAGAUCUCGGCCCUGACGGCCGCAGCGUUGGCCCGAGCCGCCAAUCCACCGCGACGAGUGGCCCGACCCCGGGACGCCAGCCAGCCGCCGCCGUCUUCACCGACGCCCCGCCGGACCACCGACAUGUCGGGCCCCCCGAGGACCACCGACGGACGGCCGCCGCCAGCCGACCGAGCACCGGCCAACACAGGGCCGCAACCCCCGACGGUGAAACCACGGGCCGCCGCGCCCGCGGCCCCACCGGCGACCACCCGGCCCCCGCCGCCGGCCAACCGACCACCGGCCAGCAAGGAACCACGACCCGCGGCCGGCCGGCCGCGGGUCACCACGACCGCCGUCCCACCGACGACCGCCCGGCCGAUCGUCAGCGCCGCCAUUCUCGGCCCGAGACCACCAGCAGCUCCGGCCACCGGGAACCGGCCACUCAGGGGGACCCACCAGCCGCCAGGGCCGUCGCCACCACCGCCGCCCGUACCGGUAACCCUACCCUCCGGCGAGAGGGUAUCCGUACCAUACUUCGCGGCCCACAAGAACCGGAAGUUCCGCGCGCGCACCCCCAGCGCUCUGUGGGUCAUCCGGUUCGAUACCGAAGGGAGG